UCUUAUCAAUCUGUCACAAAAAUAAAUCAAUAAAAUUAACAAAAUAAAUUGACAAGCGAUGUCUGAAAAUCCCGAUUCUGUUGCCAAAGAUCUUGUAGAAGUUAUUAUGAUCAACGUUGAUAAUUCAAUACCUUCUCCAGACGAAACAUUGAGUGCCCGAAAUUCAAACACGAGCAUCUCCGAGAUCCUUCAGAAGGUCGCGGAAAUGGCGGAGGGUCUCUGCACUGAUCUGGAGGGCGUACAGAUCGGAGAUUACGUGGUCUCGAUGUACAAGUCCCCUUUGGAGAUCCAGGUGAAGCAAGCUAUCGAGAACUUUAAGACAGAGGCCGCUAAAGGGGUCAUCAAGGGCCAAGGAGAUGGAGUGGAGAACAUUCCGCUGCCCGCGGAAAAUUUACCGACUCCAGCGAGUCCAAUUGCUCCAGAAGGCCCAAGUGCAGUUGAGGGCGACAUGAGUACCCUUAAAAGGAAGAAAAAUUUGUCCCUCGCUCGGAGAGUUUGGAGGAGCUUGCGGUUCACUUUCAGCCGGCGUAAAAAUUAA